AUGUGCGAUAAUAUAAAAAAUACGGACAUUACACUAAUUAGUCACAAAGUAACGACAUCAGUCGUAAAAACCUCGAUUGGUGGUGCUUGUGGUGAAAUUAAAACUGAACUUGGAAAAGGAUGCAUGAAUCUUAUUAAUCCUUUGGUGGCUUCACAAAACUUUGAAUAUAAAAUGUCUAACAUUUUAGAUAAACCUUUGGAAUCAGUAUUUGGUUACAUUUCAGUUUUGCCUGGGGCGUUCUCUGCUUAUCGAUUCAGAGCAUUACAAAAUACUUCACCUGGUAAAGGUCCAUUAGCAUCUUACUUUAAAGGUGAAGCUAUGCAUGGAUCAGGUGCUGCUAAUGCUGGUAUUUUUGAAGCCAACAUGUAUUUAGCCGAAGAUCGUAUUUUAUGUUUCGAGCUUGUGGCCAAAAAAAAACAAGCAUGGAAAUUGAAAUAUGUUAAGGAUGCAAAAGCCGAAACUGAUGUACCAGACAAU